GUUGUACGUGGUACUGUACACCCAGUAAGUAAGGCUUUGCCUGCCCGGAUGUGCCCCUAAUAUCCCGUAUUUUCCAUGGCAUCUUCAAGUAUUCGUGUAACUCCACUGAGCGGAGCGUACGAUGAGAGUCCUCCAACAUAUCUUCUCCAGCUAGACGAUUUAAAUAUUCUCAUCGAUUGCGGAUGGAACGGUCUGCUGAAAUUGGAAACAAUUCAGAGAAUAAUCGACCGAGUGAAUGACAUCGAUUUAGUGCUUCUCAGUUAUCCAGACGUUUUGCAUCUUGGAGCUCUUCCGUAUUUGGUGGGAAAGUGUUCUCUAAAAUGUGACGUCUACGCAACAGUUCCCGUAUACAAGAUGGGCCAGAUGUUUAUGUAUGACUUGUACCAGUCGCAUCAGAACACGGAGGAUUUCCAGCUUUUCUCACUGGACGAUGUUGAUGCUGCGUUCGAGCUUGUCAGACAGUUGAAAUACUCACAGAGUGUUACGUUAAAAGGUAAAGGGAGUGGAGUCACGAUUACUCCUUAUCCUGCUGGUCACAUGAUUGGUGGGACAAUGUGGCGGAUUGCAAAGCACGGUGAAGAGAUUCUCUACGCUGUCGAUUAUAAUCACAAGAAAGAGAGACAUCUUGAUUGUGCGGUGCUCGAGACUCUUAGUAGGCCAACUCUGUUGAUAACUGAUUCCUUCAGUGCUUUGUCAACACCAAAUCGACGCAAGGAUAGAGACUUAGCAUUAACAGGCACUAUUUCCAGUACUCUUCGUGGAGGUGGCAAUGUCCUCUUGGUUGUCGAUACAGCCGGUCGAGUACUUGAACUUGCUCAGCUUCUUGAACAGAUGUGGAGAGCUAAAGACUCUGGACUGUCAGCAUACUCGCUCGCUCUCCUCAACAACAUUAGCUACAACGUCAUUGAAUUUGCCAAGUCACAGAUGGAGUGGAUGAGCGACAAAAUCAUGAGAAUGUUUGAAGAUCAGAGAAACAACCCAUUUCAAUUCAAAUAUUUGAGCUUGUGUCAUAAUCUGCAAGACUUAGCAAGAAUACGAGAUCCCAAAGUGGUGUUGGCGAGUGUUGACGAUCUAGAAUGUGGCUUUUCAAGAGAGUUGUUUAUCCAGUGGGCAAAUGUGAGACGAAACUGCAUCAUUAUGACAACAAGACCUCCUCCUGGAACACUUGCCAGGAUACUUCUAGAUCAACCAAACACUCCAGCAUUAGAACUUGUGGUAAGGAAAAGAGUUGAACUGGAGGGUGAGGAACUAGAUGAAUUCUAUCGUCAGCAAACAGAAAGACAGAAGAUGGCAAGAGAAGAAACAACAACUUUGAAAUCGAGAAGACGAACUGUCGACACAACACAGAGUGAGAGUGACGAGGAAAUGGACGCUGAUGACAUGCUGACAUACUCAACAGACCAGAGGACAUUCCCUGUUAAGAGUUAUCCACUAUUCCCACACUACGAGGAAAAGAUCAAGUGGGAUGAAUAUGGAGAAAUAGUAAAUCCUGCAGAUUACAUCACCGGUGACUUGCUGUUCUAUGACGACAAGGGUCAUGCAACCACAAAAGUGAAGCAAGACAUCAUAGAGGAAGAAGAGCUUUCAGAGAUUCCAACAAAGUGUGUCACAAGCAAAGAAGUCAUUCCUGUCAAUUGCAGCAUCGUUUACAGCGAUUUUGAGGGUCGAUCGGACGGCGACUCAGUCAGAAAGAUCCUCAAUCAAAUGAAACCAAAACAAGUGGUGAUAGUGCACGGCACUGCAGAGGCAACCGAACAUCUUGCCAAUUUCUGUGAGCAGUCAGGAUGGGCCAGCGGUCGCGUUUAUGCACCACAUGUGGGAGAGACUGUCAAUGUAACAAGUGAAACUCACAUAUUCGAGGUAAAGCUGACCGAUCAGCUUGCCAAUUCUCUCGAUUUCGUAAAAGCCAAAGAAUGCGAGUUAGCGUGGAUAGACGGUCAAGUUGAUAUCAACACAGAAGCUCUCAGCAAUUUCAGAAUGCAGCAGCAUCGUCAGAGAUCAUACGACAGCGAAGACGAAGCCAGUGGGAUGGAAGACGACGACGUGGAUGACAUGGCAACGAGCGAUCUCGCUGUCGGAAUCGUCCCAGAUUUGUCUCUCCCAACAACAGAAGUGAAGGGUCAUGCUGCAGUGUUUGUGAACGAGCCCCGGCUGUCGGACUUUAAACAAGUACUAAGUAAGGUCGGCAUUCUGGCCGAAUUCUCGGGAGGUGUUCUUAUCUGUAACAAUGUCAUUGCCAUACGACGAUCGAGUGGCGGCCACUUGGAACUGGAAGGUCCGGUAUGCGACGAAUUCUACCAAAUACGAGAACUCUUGUAUAGACAAUAUGCGAUUAUUUGAUAACUCAUAAAUAAAUUAAUCGUUUAUAUGUAAUUGUAUAGUUGUGCUCGUGCACAAUGGACACACACACACACACACACACACACACACACAC